GAAAAAUAUCAUCAUGUAAUUUCGCGUUAACAAGUGCUGAUAGAGGAUUUUCUCAAUGCUCAAAAUUAUUAAAAGUCAAUCAUAUUAAAAUCAUCCAAAGUAAACAGUUGGUCGGACAAAGGAGCAAUGGAGGACUUAAUUGGUACCGAUCAGGCUGUCUUUAGUGAAGUAAAGGUGCUGCUAUGUGAGAGAUGCUUUAUUGCCUUCGAGGACGAGGACAAAUACAAUCAACAUGGAUGCUUGAGGGCUGACACAUAUGCAGACAACCAGCCUGAUAGUGAUAACACUUAUGUGGACAACAAGCCUGAUAAUGAUCUAGAGCACCAGCCUCAAACUUUAGUAGGAGACCAGUCUGAGAAUAGGGAGGUUAGUCCUAUCAUAAAUAACAAAGUGGAAUCAGGUUCCUCUAUCUACAAUCAAGUAACAGAUAAAGCUGGAACAAAGCCUGUUAUCAGACCGAGUAUCAAUCAUGUCUCAUCUGAUAGGCCAAAAGUCAUUUAUUGUCAAAGUAAUUCUGUGAACACCGACAUAGCAAAGGUUGUGAGUAAGACCUAUGCUAUUAGAGUGAAGACUGAUACAAAGGAGAGCUUCAAGAAAGUGGAAACAAUGAAUCGAAUGAAAACAAAUUUUAACUCAAUACAGAAACCAAAUAUUACUGCACAGGGACAAAUUAAUUUUGCACGAAAUAAUGGAACGAAUAAAACAUUCAGAGUAAAAGUAGUUGGUUUAAAAAGUUUGAAAAAUAAAACAGUUACUACCCCAGACACUAUAACUGUUAAUACAGACCGUUGCUAUACUCAUAAAACCAAAAUGGCAAAAACACACACUAUUGGCAAAGGACCUUCUGAGAGCUGUAAUAAAAAGAACAGUGAAGUAAACAUGACCGGAGAAAACUUUGCAUCAUUUGCUAAACGAUUAAUGGGUGAAGGGGCGAAUGAAGCAAUACCAAUUAAGGUCAAGGACGAACCUCAAGAUGAAAUCACACAGGACACAGCUAGUUUAUGUGCUUCAGAGAAAGAAGUAAAAGAGAUAUGUGUGGUAGCAAACUCAACAUUGUCAGUAAAACAAUUGAAAGAGAUAUCUGCCAUUGUAAAAAAACGGACUGGUUGUCAGGCGAUGGUCAAAGUCAAAAUACUUGAUAAGUUAAGUAACCAGUCAAUGCAGGCACAUGCCAUUAAGAAUAAGACGAAUGUGAGGAUCAGAAAUAUGCAAAUAAUAAAUCCUAAUACAAACAGUGUUCCAAUCAGUAGCAAGCAAAACAGUAAAGUGAAAAUACAUGUUUUCGAUAAAAAUAGUACAGCACAAACAUUUUCCAGGCAAAGGUUUUCACCUCAAGUAGAUAAAGUAAGAAAAAACAACAAAGUAAUUGUGAAGGAAAUAUUCAGAGACUGUCCUGCUGAUUCCAGGUUGAGUCUCAAUUGGAACAGGGGUCACGAUGGUUAUGCGCCCAAACAAUUUCGCCAUUUUAAUCAACACCAGUCCAACUGUUCGACCACAGUAACACCGGAGGUUGAUUCACACGGUAAUGAAAAUGAAGAAACAGGAACAGUUAAUUAUCCUGUUAGUAAUGGCGCUGUUGUUGAAUCACAAGUUAAGACAAAUGAAGCAACUGUGGAUCUUGAUAGUUAUAAUAUUCUAAACCCCAAGUUGGAGAAUGGACAAGAAGAUGCAAUUACAGAUAUAAAAGAUCUUCUUGGCGACCAUGAAGAAGGUAUAGGUGAGAGGUUUAUUUACAGAUGUCUGAAUUGCUUACACGCUUUUGAAGAUGAGCAUGAAUUCAAAGCACACAAGCUGCUUUGUGGUACUGGUGCAAGUGUUGAAGUCAAAACUGAAACUUUAAAGUGUGCAGUAUGUUCCAAAGCUUUUGAUGACGAGGCAUUAUGGAAAAUCCAUGUAGAUAAGUGUAGUGUUGAACAGUAUAACAGGGAACAUAUUGAAAAUAAUAUCGACAUUCCAAGAGAAUUCUUAGAUGCUUUGAGCAAUGGCGAGAAAGAGAGUUACACAGUCAAACAAAAAAGAAACAAUUUCACAUGUGGCAUGUGUAACAAGAAUUUCAGAGGAAGAUUUUGGUUAAAAAGACACAUGAUUAUUCACUCGGAGCAAAAAGACUAUGUUUGCACGAUUUGUAAUAAAGGAUUUUCUUACAAACAUGGACUCAAAACACACAUGAAUAUCCAUUCAGAUGAAAGAAAGUAUAAAUGCAACAUAUGUGAAGCAGAUUACAAACAUUUCUCUAAUCUUGAAAAACAUAAGAAAACCCACAAAGACCCUGCGGAAGUACGGAAGUUCAAAUGCCAUAUCUGUGAUAUGGGCUUCUAUGAAAACUAUCACCUUCGUCGACAUUUAGAUUCCCACAUCCCUGUCCGUAAUGUGCAAUGUGAACUCUGUGAUCUUGCAUUCCAAAGAGCUGACAGUCUUAGAACCCAUAUGAAAAGGGUUCACUCAAGCGACAGAAACCCAUUAAAACGAAAAUGGGCUAGAACGUUGCUUAAGUGUCCUGUUUGUGACCAGGUCUUUUCCAUGAGAAAAGUUUUAUUGAGACACAUGCAAAUGCUUCACCCAGGAGUUGAAACAAAUAUAGCCCCAAUUAAAAGUUCAUUGGAUGAUGGUGAAUCAGAUAAUAAUGAUGGUGAUGUUGUCCUAGAUGAUGAUGAACAACUUGACUCAGAAGACGAGUACAAGGCAUUGGAAAGUGUGAAGAAGAAGAGAGAAUUGAAAUGUAAUGAUUGUGAUAGAGUGUUUAGAUCGGAGGGGAACUUCAAGAGACAUAUGAGGGUAAUGCAUGACGAAGAAUCUGAAUGAUCAGCUUUGUUUUCUUCUAUAUUUAUUCGCUACUAUACUGCUAGAUAAUUCUACGGAUAAAUAAUGUCUACUAUUUGUGUCGAUAAUUAUAUAUUUAUAAUGAAUCAUUAAGGUUAUUUGUGAUUUAUCAAUAUGAACAUUGGUUAUGUUUUAUUUUGAUAUAUACAAUAUAAUCAAACACUUACUAGUAUAAUACAUUUUCAUGGCGCGUAUUAUGCAUGUAAAUGGCAUUCCUUGGCUUGUAUGCAAAAUGUCAGUACAUAAUUGUUUUAAUGUUAAUUACAAACAUUGACUGGAAUAAACAAAAUAAGAUUA